UCAUCGAGAGUGAUGUCCCUCUUCACUAACUUUCUCUUUUACGUCUUUUGGACAUCGCCAGACCCAUUAUUGCGUUGCUUGCUUUCUGUAACUACGCAAGAGAAAUGUCUAAAAAUUCUGAGUUAGAAGAAUUGCUCAGAAAAGAGCUAAAUACAUCCAUAUUAAGAUCCGCUGGUCGAAGUGGGAGAGGUUGUAUCAGCGAUGGGUGUACAUAUGAGACAGAUUCUGGCAGGGUUUUUGUCAAAAUAAACAGAAAACCAGAGGCACAGUUGAUGUUUGAUGGCGAGUAUGCUAGUCUGCAGGCCUUGUCAGCCAUGCAGGAAGUGAAAGUUCCAGAGCCAAUAAAGGUUGUCAAGUUAAAAGAUGGUGGAGCAAUCUUUGUUAUGGAGAACCUGGAAAUUACAGGAAGGCUGUCAGGGCAGUCUGGUGUUCUUGGCCAGCAGUUGGCAAGACUCCAUCUUAAAAAUGAAGAAAUUGCCCAAGUGGAAUUGAAACAAGAGAAAUAUGUUCACAAAGGCCAACAAAUAAAAGCUGUGCACAACUUUGGCUUUCAUACUACAACCUGCUGUGGCUAUAUACCACAAGACAACACCUGGACAUACACCUGGCAGGAAUUUUUCUCCAGAAAGAUUGAACAACAGAUCUCCAUGUUAGAGUCAGAAUAUGGUGACAGAGAGGCAAGGGACCUUUGGUCACAACUGCUUCCCAGACUGUCACAGCUUUUUGAUGGCUUGGGAGAAAUCAAACCUGCAUUAUUGCAUGGAGACCUGUGGAGUGGAAAUGUAGCUGAGGACAAGAAUGGACCUGUGAUCUUUGACCCUGCCAGUUUCUAUGGGCAUGCAGAGUAUGACCUGUCUAUCUCUAGCUUAUUUGGGGGAUUUGGACAGCAGUUCUUCAAGAGUUAUUUCAGCGUAAUUCCCAAAGCACCAGGUUAUCAUGAGCGUCUGGAACUCUACAAGGUCUUCCAUUACUUAAACCACUGGAAUCACUUUGGAGAAGCUUACAAGGAGUCAUCACUUGGAGCUUUGAGGGCUGUGGUGAAGAGUGUCAGCAUGUAGUGCAGCUUCACACUGCACUGUCAUCACAGUUGCUUGAGCUGCUGCUACACCAGCCACAACUAUUUCUAAUCAGACAUUUUGCUGUUGCUUUUUCAAAAUGUCGUCCUCUGUCCUUUGGUGUGUCUCUGCCUGUGGAUAAUUUUGCUGUGACACAAUCUGUCCUGAGGUGUUACACUACCCAUGGAUGGUUUUGUCAUGGCACAAAUUGUCCUGGGAUGUGUCACUAGCGGUGUGGUGCAAUUAUUUGGAUGCUUAUUUGAGACACACUGCGUAUAUUUUACACGAUGUGCUUACACACUUAUGAGUUUAGGAAUCUGCAGGUGCUCUUAAUGCCAAGGCUGCUGGGGAUGUAGAGCAGGAGACAAAAUAGUUAUAUCAGCUUUUACCUGACAGGAUUUUCUAUUGCACUGCUUUUUCUCUUAUCCUGUCUUGUCCGUCGUUGAUUUUUUUUUCUAAUCCCAGACUAUACUCUAGCAUUAAAUCUGAGUUCUUUAUCAGUAGUUGAUUUCUUCUUAUCCCAGACUUCUAGGUGGCGUAAAAUCAGCCCUUGUCAGGUUUUAUAGAUGAUAUAUGAUCUAUGUUGUAUAUUGUAUUUGGUUUCUUGAGAUGUAUGUGUUUGUUAUUUUAAGCUUUUCAUGUGAUGAGAAAGGGAUUUUGAAAUGAAAAUUGUGAAAUAUUUCUGUAGCAUUUUUAGCAUAAAGUGCUGCUCCACUUUUUGGAGGACGUUGACUUUGCUGGUGCAUAUGUCUGACCAGGGAUUUGUGCAAUGGGGCAAAACUGCUUGAUGACUAUAGGCAGGAUGAAACUGUCAGCAGCUUGUUUGAGUUGGGGAGGUUUAUUCUGAGCAUUGUUAAUCUAUUCUUUAUAAUGACUUCCACGAUGACAAACAAUUUCAGAAUCGACCUCUUCAAUUUGUCCUGUUAUCUAAUGUUCAGUCGAUUUGAGGGCAAGACUGAUGAGCUUGAGGCGUUGGUACACAACUUUUGACUAACAGGGAUGUUUGUUUGUUGGCAUUUACUGAAACUUGGUCCUUUGUUAUUUCGGUCUUGCGACUUCUGAAUGUUACUGAGUGCAGAUGAAUGCAGCCGUCUGAACCAUGAAUGCAUGAAUCUAUUUUGCGGAUAUGGAUAUCUUGUACUUUUUGUGCUUUCUUAUCGAACAAAUUCUUUAUUGAGUAAACCUUCUGGUUUGUUUCAUGCGGGAAAUUACAGAAAAUAAACAGCAUCAGCAGUAUUCCUAAUAGCGUUAUCAAUGCAUACUAACAUUUCUUUAUAUUUCUGACAAUGUAUUCAUUUCAUUUCUGUUUUUAAAUACUUGAUACAAAUAUCUUGAGAUGUGUUUAAUGGUUGUUUCCGAGUUAUCUAGAAAGACUUGCGUAAUUCCAUCAAAGUCCUGUUUUCUUAUCGAGCUAUCCUGCAUUGCCCUGGGAUAAAUAAAAUGUUAUCUUAAAUCUGGACAGUGAAAUGUGUAAGCAGGCUGCACAGACAACUCUGGUUAUCCGUUUUCUUCUGUCUACAGGAUUUCUUUUUCAUAUUUUAUGCAUUUAUUUUGAUUUCAUAGACUUGUUGAAUAACGGAGUACUGUGUUCGUUCAGUCGUUAAUCAGAUGGCACUACAUCUUUUUUCCUAUUCCACACUUUAUUCCCUUUUCUUUCCUGUUGUCUUGGUCGGUUUCUUCAGUUUCCCCCACGACGACAACGACGACGACUAAAUAGCCAUGAACUUGCUCAUAAGGUUGAGAUAUGGUGCUACAUAAAUAAACUUUAUUAUUAUUUGGUGAAGUAAAUUCACA